CCGCAAAUGUUAAAAAGGUAGAGGGAAGCGAAAAACGCAAUAACUUGGCUGGAAAUCGAUCUUUUUGGUGCUCCUGCUUGACGUGCAAGAAAGCGAUGGAAACCUCCGCGGCGAUGGCGUUCGAUGAAACAGAGUGGGUCCUCGCCGACGCUCCCUUCGCCAAGGACCUCGAUGUCGACUGGGUGGUCACCGACGGCGAUGAGGGCGCCGUCUCCGGGGUCUUCUUCCAUCCCUCCACCGCCGGGCGUCGCCGAAUCUGCCUCUCUUAUGCUCCCUUCGGCCGCCUCCUCCCCGCACUACCCGACCCCUCCCUCUCCUUCCUUCCCCCCGCCGCCUACGCCCGCUCCUCCUCCCGCGGCCUACUCCUCCUCCGCGGUCCUUGGUCUACCUACUAUGUCUGCAAUCCGGCCACCGCCGAGUGCCGCCGCAUCCCCCUCCCCCCGCGGCCCCAUCAAUUCAACGCCGUCCCUGCCCUCGCCCUCGUGGUCCGCCCCGACGACCCGGCGCAGUUUUAUGUCGUCUGCGGCCUCGCCGUCGGUGACAACGGGUACCGCUUCGAGACCUUCUCUUCCGCCUCCGGUGUCUGGAAGGCGUCCAUCGUCGCCUCUUCCGUGGAUGCUAUCGUCCCUGGCUCCGGCGUCUCGGCCGCUGGCGUGGCCUACUGGCGGACCUCCGCACCCUCCGUUCUCGCCUACGACCCAGCGACCGAGAAGGCGAGGGUUAUUCGGCCACCGCCGGGGUGCGUGGAGGCCGGUGCACUCUGGCAGCUUGGGGAGGCCGGCGGCGAGGGAGGCCUGUGCUGCACUUGCGUGACGAGGGCGGAGGUGUUGGUAUACUGCCUCCGGGAAUCCGACGAGUGGACCGUCCUGGGCUCCUUCCCGCUGGCGAUCGUCGGCGGCGAUGACGCGGUGGAGUGGGACAACGGCGAUCCGAUCGCGUGCAAGGAGACGCCUCGGCCGUUGAGAUUCGAGAGCACGAAUCUGGAGGUCGUGCUUUGGGUGGAUGGCCGCGUUUUGGCGGUCGACCUGGAGACCCGCCGGGUGCGGCAGCUCCGGUUCGACGGUCCGACUCCGAGUCAGGAAGAGGAUUACGUGUCCUACAUCGGCACCGUCCCUCGCGUGACUCCCGUGGCCUCCAGCUGACCGACGGUUGCGCUUCAUCCAUCAUGAUUGGGAAUUGCAGCUUAUUAAAUGCAAAUCAGAUGUGAAUUAUGCUGCUCAUCAAGGACUCUUGUCUUUCAUUAUUGCACAACAAUAUUUGAUAUUUGAUAUUAAACUCUGAAAAUAAUUUACAUUUGGUGAAUUGUACUAAACAUAAUAAAUACUAUGGAUCCUCUCUUCUAAUCA